CUUCGGCGACGGAGAAUAUCGACUUGCAGCGCAGUCGAAAGGAAUAAGAAAUUCGUGAUAGUGCUGUUUAGACAUUUUCUGAGUGACCAGAUAACAAUGAGCUUGUUCAAGUGUUUUCUACCUGUGGUGGUACUCCUGUUCGUUGGGAGCUCUCACGCCAGACCCGGUAUAUUGAGAGACUUGGCAGCCAAGCAUGGAGUGAAUUUACCGGAUCCACUGGGUCUCUUCCACAAGGACAGAGAUGCAUCGAGCAAUGCACAGUCGUUUGGAAGCAACUUAAGCUUGGGACCACUUUCAUUUUCCAGCAGUUUGGCUAGUUCUUCGGCAUCGGCGAAAGCCACUGGCGACGGAUCCGCCAUUGCCAACGCCAAUGCCAAGGCCCAAGCUUUCGGUGGCGCCAAUGCGAACGCUGACGCUUCUGCCACUGCCAAUGCCCAAGGUGGCAAUGGUUAUCCAGUACCGAAUUACAAUUCUAACUUUGGUGGCGUCUACGAUGGUAAUUAUAACAGAGAGGUUCCACGCGAUGGUCGGCAUCACGGUAUUUACGGUGGUUCUCAAUCGAGCGCGGGCGCGAAUCACGGUGGCGGCGUUGGCGCAAGCGCCGGUGCGCACGCAGCCGCGAACAACGGCGCGUACGCUGGUGCGCAGGCUGGCGCGCAGAGUGGCACAUACGCAGGGGCGAACGCCGAUGCAACUGGCAACUCGAACGCAAACGUCAACUUAAACACGAACGUCAACACCAACGUGAAUUCAAUUGCGAACACGAACACGAACACAAACGCAAACACGAACGCAAACACUAACGUGAACACCAACGUGAACACUAAUGUGAACACGAACGUGAACACAAACAGCGGUGUAAGAGCACCAGGCUACUAUUCCUCUGGGAACGUCCAAGUAAAUGCGGCCGCAAACGCUGUCGGUAGCAACGGAGUGGAACUUAUCCCCGAAAGACAGUCUUCCGCUGGCGUUUACGAACCGCCAAACUUCCCUGGCCCCAACAGAGAAAUAGAAUUGAUCCCCGUCAAUUCGAGACCGCCUUCCCCAAUGUAUCCACCACCUAUGCCUUUCCCGAGACCCAAUGUUGAUGUGAUCGUUCGACCGAUUCCACCGCCUCCACCGCCACAAUCGAUUCCUCAUUUCCCUCAUCGUCCCGUUAACAACGGAGAUAUACCCGUGGUUGUCGUCGAUGGUCCUCCGUUCGGUAGACCGAUGCCUCGACCCAGACCGGGUCACCGUCCGAAACCGAAGUACGAGCCGUUACACAUCGUUGUGGUCGAGCACAGGGAACCCAACCGAAACCCAGCAGGUGGAUUUGGCAGAGAAGGAUACUACGGUCCAACCGGUCAACAAACGAUCGGAGGUGGCAAUCACUAUUUGGGAGCACCCACGGGAGCCAACGGUAAUUCGAAUGCAAAUGCUAAUGCUAAUGCUAAUGCUAAUGCUAUCGGCAAUGGAAACCAAUACCAGCCUGGUUCGACUGGCUACGGACAACAACCAUCAUACUAUCCCGCGAGUGUUCCAUCCACUCCCGCCGGAGGAAGUAAUCCUUUCUUCGGUGGAUCGUCUCAAGCAAACGCUGGAGCGAGUAGCACCGCCAAUGGGAACAACGCCUAUCCCAGCUCAGGAUACUAUCCUGCCACUGGUCCUGUCGCCCCUAUCGGCUCCAACAAUCCCUUCCUCUCCGGAUCCUCUCAGGGAAGCGCCAAUGCAGCUGCCAGCGCCAACGGUGCUGCGAAUGCCAACACACCGGUUGUAAUUCAGUCGCAGAAUCCGUUCAUCAACGCCGGCUCGGGGAACCCUGGAGCCUAUGGAAACAACGGAGCUGCCAACGCAAACAGUGGCGCGAUCGCUAGUGGCCAAAACAAGGGAAAUGGUAUUCCUACAAGCUAUCCAUCUUAUGGAUCACCAGGCUCAGGAGCAGCAGCUAAUGCCAACGCAAACAGUGGUGCGAUUGCAGGUGGCCAAAACAAGGGAAAUGGUAUUCCUACAAGCUAUCCAUCUUAUGGAUCACCAGGCUCAGGAGCAGCAGCUAAUGCCAACGCAAACAGUGGUGCGAUUGCAGGUGGCCAAAACAAGGGAAAUGGUAUUCCUACAAGCUAUCCAUCUUUUGGAUCACCAGGCUCAGGAGCAGCAGCUAAUGCCAACGCAAACAGUGGUGCGAUUGCAGGUGGCCAAAACAAGGGAAAUGGUAUUCCUACAAGCUAUCCAUCUUUUGGAUCACCAGGCUCAGGAGCAGCAGCUAAUGCCAAUGCAAACAGUGGUGCGAUCGCGAAUGGCCAAAACAACAUAAAGGGUAUUCCCACAAGUUACCCGUCUUUUGGAUCGCCAGGUUCAGGCGCGACAGCUAAUGGUAACGCAAACAGUGGCGCGAUUGCAAAUGGCCAAAACAACAUAAAGGGUAUUCCCACAAGUUACCCGUCUUUUGGAUCGCCAGGCUCAGGCGCAACAGCUAAUGCCAACGCUAAUGCCGGGGGUUCGGCUAAUGGGUUCAGUCAGCCAAUAAAACAAGCGCCAAUAAUGGGUGUCCAGCCUAGUGGAACGUUUGGACCUGGACCAAGUGGAUCGAUUCCUUUAUACGGGAGCUCUGGAUCCAGCUCCGGUGGGCUAGGUCCAACCAAAGGUCAGGUUUACGGAACAUUGAGACCAGUGAAGGUUGAUUCUGCGCCUAAAGUAUACAAUGGAAACAACGGAUAUGGCGGGCAAGGUGGAGGUUCCUCUGAUGCAAAGGCUGAUGCUCUAGCUAACGCAGGAAGCGGUGGAUUCGGUGGAAAUGGCUUUGGUGGUUCAGGUUCCCCUACUAUUGGCGGAUAUGGUGGUCCGAAUGGAGGUUCUUCUGGUGCUAAUGCCAAAGCUGACGCAUUAGCCAACGCUGGAAGCAGUGGACUUGGUUAUGGGGGCAGUGGAAAUAUCUAUGGCGGAUCAAGACCCUCUGGAUCUGGUAACGGAUAUGGCGGACAAAGUGGAGGUUCUUCUACCGCGAAUGCCAAAGGUGGAAGCAGCGGACUUGGUUAUGGAGGUAACAAUGGCGGAUCAAGACCCUCUGGAUUUGGUAUUAACGGAUACGGUGGACAAAGUGGAGGUUCCUCUGGUAGCAAUGCUGACGCUCUAGCCAAUGCAGGAAGCGGUGGAUUCGGUGGAAAUGGCUUUGGUGGUUCAGGUUCCCCUACUAUCGGCGGAUAUGGUGGUCCAAAUGGGGGUUCUUCUGGUGGUAAUGCCAAAGCUGACGCAACAGCCAACGCUGGAACCAGUGGACUCGGUUAUGGAGGUAACAAUGGCGGAUCAAGGCCCUCUGGAUUUGGUAUUAGUGGAUACGGUGGACAAAGUGGAGGUUCCUCUGGUAGCAAUGCCAAGGCUGACGCUCUAGCCAAUGCAGGAAGCGGUGGAUUCGGUGGAAAUGGCUUUGGUGGUUCAGGUACCCCUACUAUCGGCGGAUAUGGUGGUCCGAAUGGGGGUUCUUCUGGUGGUAAUGCCAAAGCUGACGCAACAGCCAACGCUGGAACCAGUGGACUCGGUUAUGGAGGUAACAAUGGCGGAUCAAGACCCUCUGGAUUUGGUAUUAGUGGAUACGGUGGACAAAGUGGAGGUUCCUCUGCUGCGAAUGCCAAAGCUGAUGCUAUCGCUUCUGCUGGAGGCUUCGGAGGUCAAAACGUUAAAGGAUCUGGUGGUGGUGGAUCGACUGGAUACGGACAUGGCUCAUCGAGCGGUCUGUCGAACGCGGUAUCCAACGCGAGCUCGAAUGCCUUCUCGAGCGGAGGCUCGUCGGCAAGCAGCUCGAGCAAAUCUUCCGCCUUCAGUUCCGGAAGUGGUUCCGCCAACGCUCAGGCGUCCAGCAGCGCGUUAGCAUCGUCACAGAUCGGAGCAAGGGCAUCCAGCUCUGCUUCAGCGAACGCAGACACAAGGGACAUGCUCGUUUUCACCAACUAAAUCUUUCGAUAUCGAGAAAUUUACGCCGUGCAAGUGCCAUCGCUUCGAAGGUCUCUUAGAUGUUUUUCUAAACACGCCGGAACGCCAUUCUAGCUCGUCCAUACCAUUCGAACGUUCCCAGUGAUCGAAUACUUGACAAAUGGUGAUCGUUAACGCACAGAGUGCCGUAAAAUUGUAAAUUUACUGUUAAAUUGCUGGCAUUGUUCACGUUCAGAUGACGGACAAUCCGAUGGGCGCAAUAAAUACGGUGACAUAACGCUUGGCUCGCGUUGCAUAAUAUUUUAACUGCGCUGCAACGUUGUCGACACGGAUUUAUUUAAUGAUAAUUUAAUAUUUUUAAGACUUUACACUUGGUAGCUUUAUCGAUUGGUAACUUGUGAUACUGUUCUUGCCAAUGUACGAUACGUAACAAAUAUUCUUUCCACGUUCUUUGGAUAUUCGUUGAAAAUAGAAAAUGUUAUGUUAAAUUAUUCCCGACUGUUUAAUCAGAUUAGCGGGUAAUACGUGGAUAAAUUAGUUUUCGAAUGUAUUUUUACCAAUCGAAGAGAUUCAACGAAUCGAUAAUACUCUGAUAUUUAUACUACUCAGACUAAGCUUUGUAAAUUAUUUUUAUAACGAUGAUGUUCGUAAACGAUUGAAAAUUACCGAUCGCUCGAAUGUCGAAAUUACUUUUAGUAUUCGUCUUAUCUAGAUUAAACGUAAUAUUUGCAACGUAGAUCGUUUCUUUUCCUUGCCAAAUCCGCAUUAACGUUCGUUUCUAAUCGCAGCUGUCGAUUACGUGAUUUUUAUGAUAAUUUCAUCUUCCUCGAUGCUCAUUUUAUCAAGUACAAUUGCGACGAUUCCAUCGAAUCGAGCGUAGUUUACGUGUAUUUAUUUAUUGGAAUAAGUAUGUAGGUCAUAGCGUAAUGCGUGGUGCGACGCCCGCUAUUAUCGUAAUCGCUAGAAAGUUCUCUAUUCCUUUCUCUUUUUUUAUGGCCCAUCGAUUCGUCGAAAAUCAUUUUAAAGAUCGGCACGUUUGUUAAUUCUCAGCCACUGAACAAACAUGGGAAUCCCAAAUUUCGUGAUAUCGAAUCACGAAUAUAAUUUCUGGGAAACCAGAAGAUACCAGCAAUCUCCGACAGUUAAAAAAAAAGAGAAAACAGUGAUUCCUAUUGGAAAAUUACAAUUUUUUAUAGAUCAACGUUUGUUUCAGUUUUUCUCAAAUUUCCUUUUGAAGAUUUAAUAUUAUUUCUAUUUAAAUUGUCGAAAGAGGAGUAGUUGGUAAUAUUGUAGCGAUUGAGUGUUAAAAAAUUAUUAGACAAAAUUAAAAUAUGUCAAAUUUUAUUUAGAAAUUAUAAUAACAAUUUUAUUUAUAUCGACGAAUGAAAACGUGCUAGAUAUUCGAGUUUCAAAGACAUUUUUCAAAUAACCAGAAAAGAUUGCUUAAUCUCGUCGUAUUUGCGUGUUUAACAAUGAUUACGAAGAAGAGAGAGAAUUGCAAAAAAAAAACACGCCAACUGAGAAUUAUCGAAUAGUUUGUCCCAUCCCAAUUAAUAAUCAUACACGCGACGCUCGUAACCAUGCUAAUUAACGAUAAUCACUUUUUUAUCGAGAAUCAUUUACUCUGCGUUUUCGAGGAAUUUCCAUCUAUUAUCAUGUUUUAUCAUACAGACCGCGGACACGAGCCCUCGUCUCGCUCUCUUACAUAAUAUAUUACGUUCUCUGUAAGUUGUAACAACUCAAUAAAAUCAACGAUUUUUUAAAAACACAAACAAAAA